CGUACGAGCACAAGCAAGUCCGCGAGAGAGAGAGAGACAAUCCGCCGAACGUAUCUACUACUUUACAUCUACCUCCGAUCCAAGCUAGAGCGGACCGAUGACGCACAGCCAUCAUGUCCAGGUCUCUAUACCAGAUGCAUAUUCGCACAGCCACCAUCAUGUCUCGACGAUGCCGGCAGCAUCGCCGGCGAUGACGCACAGCCGUCAUCACAGCGGCGGCCACCACCACCAUCAUCAUCACCACGGCCAGCCGCCGGCGGCAUUGCCAGGGUUCCCGGUGCCGUACGCGUACCCGCCCCCCGCCCUGGCGUCGACGACGGCAGUGGCGCCGGUCCUCCAGCCGACGCGGGCCAACUCCAACCGCGACAAAAUGACCACCGGCGAACGUAUUUGCAUGUGUCUGGUCGGCCUGUUGGUAGUGGGCUUCAUCGCCAACAUCAUCUUUGUAUUCGUGAGCAACUGGAAAUACCUUUAAUGGCAUGGACAUGCAUGGAGCCAGCAUAUUAGUACUACUUAUACUUGGGAGGGAGACGUCCUAGCAAGUACAUAUACUAUAUUGUACUGCUACCAGUAUACUAGCUAGUUUAAUUUGAAUAGAGUAAAUUAACUUUGUUAACAUAUGAGGAAUUUUUUUGAAAUUUUUGA